CCUUCAGGCCAGCUCUCGAGCAGGCCCCGCCUCUCCUGUUAUACAGCCCCUCCCCUCUCCGCCUCCUUUUCCUUUAGACCCGCCCCCUGAUCAGGCUCCGCCCAUGCCGCCUCAGACCCAGCCGGGACAGGGGCCUCAGGGUACCGCCCCGCGCUGCCGGAGGCGGCUGUAGCGUCAGGUGACAGCCCGGAAGCUGCGGAAGCGGAUGAAGCAGAGAGGUGGAGGCCCGGUGGGGCUCCGCGGAGGUGAGGGAGCUGGUCGGCGGCCCCGGAGCUCGUGGCGCAGCGCGUAUGCGGCGCUCAGGCUGACAUCCGAAGGCUGCCGCUCUGGGUCGUGCGGCCGGGCCUCGGCGUUUGGAGUCGCGGCGGGGGCCUCCGGCGAGCGUCCAUGGAGAAGUCUGGGCGUGAGAGUGACGGCGCCCCCUGCGGGCCUGUCCUGCACAUCGUGGUGGUCGGCUUUCACCACAAGAAGGGCUGCCAGGUUGAAUUCUCUUACCCACCACUAAUUCCAGGAGAUGGACAUGAUAGCCACACUUUACCUGAAGAAUGGAAGUACUUGCCUUUCCUUGCCUUACCAGAUGGUGCACAUAACUAUCAGGAAGAUACUGUGUUUUUUCACUUGCCACCCAGAAAUGGAAAUGGAGCCACAGUAUAUGGUAUCUCUUGUUAUCGACAAAUUGAAGCCAAGGCAUUAAAAGUGAGGCAAGCCGACAUCACCAGAGAGACUGUUCAGAAAAGUGUCUGUGUUUUAAGCAAGCUGCCUCUUUAUGGCUUACUUCAAGCAAAACUCCAACUCAUUACACAUGCAUAUUUUGAAGAAAAAGAUUUUUCCCAAAUUUCCAUUCUAAAGGAGCUCUAUGAACAUAUGAACAGUUCCUUGGGAGGGGCCUCAUUAGAAGGAUCGCAGGUGUAUCUUGGUUUGUCUCCUCGAGAUCUUGUCCUUCAUUUUCGACACAAGGUCUUGAUCCUGUUUAAGCUAAUUCUUCUUGAAAAGAAGGUUCUGUUUUACAUUUCUCCAGUGAAUAGAUUGGUGGGUGCACUAAUGACUGUGUUAUCCCUUUUUCCAGGCAUGAUUGAGCAUGGCCUCAGUGACUGUUCUCAGUAUAGACCUCGAAAGAGUAUGUCUGAAGAUGCUGGACCUCAGGAAAGUAAUCCCUCUGCAGAUGAUUUUACUUCUGAGUCUACUUCUGACGUCUUAAAUACCAGCUUGGAAACUGUCACAAGAGUCAUGGCAGUAAACCAUGGCGAAGAUGCUGUGCCCAAGACGGAGAAGCCUUACUUCCAAGUAGAAGGUAACAACAACAAAGGACAGGAACCCAGUGAUUCUGGCCGAUAUUUGGAACUUCCACCCCGUCCAUCUCCAGAGUCUUCAGAAAGUGACUGGGAAACGUUGGAUCCUAGUGUCUUAGAGGAUGCCAGCUUGAAAGAAAGGGAGCAGAUGGGGUCAGACCAGACACACUUAUUCCAAAAGGACUCUCUGCCCUCGGACAGUCCUCCAAUUACUGUACAGCCUCAAGCUAAUAACAGGCAGGUGGUCCUGAUACCAGGGCUCAUUUCUGGUUUGGAAGAAGACCAAUAUGGCAUGCCUCUGGCCAUCUUUACAAAGGGAUAUCUGUGUUUGCCUUACAUGGCAUUGCAGCAGCAUCAUCUUCUCUCUGAUGUCACUGUUCGGGGAUUUGUGGCUGGAGCUACUAACAUCCUUUUCCGACAACAGAAGCACCUCAGUGAUGCCAUUGUGGAAGUGGAAGAAGCACUGAUCCAGAUCCACGAUCCAGAACUUAGGAAGCUGCUUAACCCAACGACGGCUGACCUAAGGUUCGCAGACUACCUGGUGAGGCACGUGACUGAGAACCGGGACGAUGUCUUCCUGGAUGGCACCGGCUGGGAGGGUGGUGACGAAUGGAUCCGGGCCCAGUUUGCAGUCUACAUCCACGCUCUCCUGGCUGCUACACUGCAGUUAGAUAAUGAAAAGAUGUUAUCAGACUAUGGAACAACUUUUGUUGCCGCCUGGAAGAAUACUCACAACUACAGGGUAUGGAACAGCAAUAAGCAUCCGGCACUUUCAGAGAUAAAUCCAAACCAUCCUUUUCAAGGCCAGUACUCCGUGUCAGACAUGAAACUCAGAUUCUCACAUUCUGUUCAGAAUAGUGAACGUGGCAAAAAAAUUGGCAGUGUCAUGGUCACAACCAGCCGGAAUGUGGUACAAACAGGAAAAGCCGUUGAAAUCACUUUACAGCUCUUCUUUGGCAUGUUCAAGUUGCCAGCUCCACAGCCCUUGCCUUUAGGGUUACUGGAACAUAGACACUGCGCUACCAGGCCAAUCAGUUGGAGGAGCUUUUUCCAGUGCAAAGACAGCUAUGUCUUCAUGGCUAUCUACUUUCACCACAUCCACCCCUCAGAGUCUUCCUGAGCCACCCAAUGGGAAGCCCUGAGUCCAGCAGAGCAGCAGAAGCUGCUUGGUUUUCUGCGGUGUAAUGCUCCCUCCCCGUCUGCUGCUCCCAGGGUUUCUUCUUCUAUCCAAAGGUCCAUACCCAGGGACCAAGAUGAUAAACUGUUUACAUGGACGGUUGCACUCUAUCUAAAUGAAAGUUGCAGUAUGCUGAAUGGAUGAAAUUACAACCGUAGCGGAAUAGCUUUCCAGGUUGGGGGUUAAAUCGACUACUUUUACUUCAUUCUGAGCCUAAUUAAUGUACACAAUGAACGUUGUAGUGAAUUUUAAGUUCUGAGACUGUACAUUUGUUUACUUAGAAGAAUUUUUACAUAUGUAUAUUUUGUUCUAUUUUGCUGUUUAAAUAUUUAGAUGGCCAUUGUAAUUUAUAUUGACUAAAAUUAAGUUAUAUUACUAUUUCACUAUCUCUGAAGUUAGCCCUAAAAUGUAUUUGUAAUGGGUAGGGACUAUGCAUUCCAGUCUGAGUUCUCUAGGGUGGACUUCUAUGGGAGGGUUGGAGGAAACCUUCUACCCACUUAAACAUACUUACCAGCUCACUUCUUCCCAGAGCUGUGAAAGUAAGAACGGAAAGCUGAGGAUAAGAUGUCAUUUUUUAUGAAUGUCUUCUUGUCACAGUUGGUGUGAAGCAGCAAAGAUGCCCCUGUGCUUCUCCUAUUGGCAGUGCUGUGCAAGGAAGCAGCAGUGGUGACUGAGCCGCACUGAAGGGCUGCCGCAUGUCUGGAGGGCAGUACUUUGACAACCCACAUGCUAGCUCGAUCAACUCCAGUUAUGUUGCUGUCUUAAUCAGCACUUUGUUAUCAAAAUUAUGUGCCUUGUUUCUUGUGAAUGGUUGUCUGUUGGAUCUGGAUAGAUCCACAGGCCUUCUCUUAGUCUUGUUCUGCAUUGAGCUUUUCAAAGGCACUUGACCUCCCUACUUCCCUGACUGGAAAUCUUUAGUCAGGUCUGCUACCUUCUAAAGAAAAACAAAGUGACCAAUGAAGGUUAAAUAUAAACCAUGACUUAGUUCACAUUUAGAAAAGCAAGAAGUUGGCCAAGGAGAUGAUUUAGUGAGGAAAAGCGUUUACUGUGCAAGCAUGACAACCUGAGUCCAGAUCCCUGGAACCCACAUAAAAAGCCACAUCUGUAAUCCCAGUGUCCCUACAAUGAGGCGGGAACAGAGUCAGAGUUCCUCAAAACAAUGUGGAAAGGAAGAACCAACUCUUGAAAAUUGUCCUCUGACCUCCAUGUAGGCAAUGUGUCGUGCAAAUUCUUAUAUUCACACACACAAAGACACCUCAAAUGAAAGAACAGUAAGAAGCAAGAAAAUGAAUUCGCACCCAUGCCAGGAGUCAGUUGUUUGGUAAAUCAGUACAGUUGGCUUCAUGUUACCACAGGCAUGAAUUUGCCAGCCUCUCAUUUAAUUCAUGUUGGUCAUGUAUAGCUGUCAUUUGCCUUUCAGGGGAUCCUGAAUGGGCAUUCUCAGGGAGUACUUACAGGAAACAGUCUACCUUUUCAGUAACAGAAGGCAUGUAGAAUAACCAUUAUAUCUACAUAUGAUUAAAAAAGCAUUGGGAAAGUAAGAGGCAUUGAUUAUCUUUCAUUUAUCCUCUAGGAGGUUCCCUAAGGACUAUAAAAAGAAGAUAGGGCAUAACUCAAUAUUUUUAAAAUUUUGCAAGUUGGAUUUUCACACAAAACCACAAAAAUAUGAACUACUUUAAGUUGGGCAUAAUAAGUUGAGAGAAUCCAGUGACAAUAAAUUAAUUGGUUAAUGGGAGAAAACCAUUAAUUUUCUUUGGCCAGUAAAUAUUUGAAAAGAGAAGAAACUAAAGCCACACAAAACUGUGAAAGGCACAUUAAUGUUGUGCUGAGACUAUUAAGAAUUCCUUGUUAGAUACCAUUUCAUGUGGCUGCAGCAUGCUGAUAUAUCCAUGGUAGUUGACAUUGCUAGGAGCCCUGCCUGGGUUAGCUAAUAAGGUAAUGAUUCAUUCUUUAGUUUGUACCAGGUUUAUAUGACUUGCCGAAUUGCCUGCUAUUACUUAAACAAAAGCAAUGCAGCACUGACUUUGAAAUAUACUUGGGGACAAAAUGUAACUGGUUUUGUUUCACACUCCCCAUUUGAGUGUGUAUGGUUCCCCUGUGUAUGGUCUCACAGUCUUGCCACACAGGUCUCUAAAUUGCCAACUUCCUCCCUCUUGUCUCAACUGGGAUUAUAGGAGCACACUACUGUGCCAGGCUUAAGUGUAUAUUUUAAUUGAACCUUCUCUUAAUGUAGUUAAAAACUUAACUCUUAAAAUGGUUACUUAACUGGUCAGCCUAAAAUAACUUACCUUGGAAUAUAAAACAUCUUGGAAUGGUCAAAAGACUAUACUCCUACUUCCUUCAGGUUCUUGGAAAUGUUGGCUUUUCAAGGGCCAUAGGCCAUUUUGUUGCUGGGGGCAUCACCUAAUGCAGCAGCCUGUGUCAUGGAGAACAGGAGAUACAGCCAGUGAGCCCAGACACGUGAAGUCUGUAUUUUAGGCUCCAGUGAGCUAGACUAACUCGGAAGAGUAGUCUCCCUCCAGUGCUGGCAUGGUAGUCCUUUAGUCAACACCUGGCCUUUUGACUAUUGCCAGGAGAUGUGGCUAUUGGAAACCAUGCUUUCUCCAGUGAUUGCCAGUGCUCUUGUGUCUUAAGAACUGAGUGUUUGUAACUAGACCUGCAGGAGCGAAAGUCAACCAGCAUUUUUCAGGUUUCCAGCAGGCAGACAUUGACAGUAGCUGCACUGCUGUUGAGGUAGUUUUGAUCGUAGUGUAACGACAAAGGCACAGAUAAGGAAGAGAAUACAAGCUGUGAGUCUGGAGUAGAGUAGAAAUUCUGAAGCUGCGUGUAACAGGAUGUAGAGCAAUUGUAUAUGUAUAUCUGAUUUAUAACCAACAUGAAUUGUCCACCCCCAAGUCCUUCACUAGCUCUCAAGCCUGAAAACAGUUCUCUCCUUUUGCGGUAAGAAACAGUUGGCUUUCUUGGGCAGCAAAGUAGAGUGCAUGACAGGACUUCCUCAGUCUUUCUGCUUUUCACAUUUUGUACUAAGCAGUUAACUGAUUUUUAGAAUAGCUUUCUUUAGAAAUUCAAGGAAAGCAAAUUAGGAAAACACAAAUGAGAAGCUAUUACAUGGCUGAGAAACAGGGCACUUAAGUCUGAAUGGAGAGUAUUUUGACAUCAGUAUUUAACCUACUAAAGGCAUGAGUUUAGACAAGUUAGAAUUGUAAUCUGCUAUUGACAUUUCUAAGUGAAGCUAUAACAUUCUUUAGCUGGUAGGCAGGUAUUAUUGAAGCUGUAUAUUUUAUAGAGAAAAUUUUGAGGGAGUUAACAGCCAGUGGCUCUCUUCCUUCCAUGUUGAUAAAUUUAGAAGUCCUGCGGCCAGCAUCCUGAUUUAUACCCACAGGCAGUGUCUGCUGCAGCCUCCACAGAGGGCAGCCUGUUAGGACAGAAGCUGCUGCCUCCUGCCUGUGGUGCUAGCUGCACCAGCCUGUUCAUGUGUUGGGGCAUUGCUUAGGAUCCCUGAAACAUUUGCACACUGUGGUUCUUUAAAGAGAAAUGGCCCAGCAUUCAUGGCUUUCCACACCAUCUUCUGGUAGCCUUUAACUAUGACAGAAUGCUCCUUGAAUCACUUGAAGAUGACCAUCAUUCCUCAUAACCUAAUGUGCCGGUUUUCUCAUCCAAGUCUUCUGACUUCGUUAGCUUGGAAUUCUUUUUCCGUAAUUUCCAACAUUCCACAAAACUUUUUUUUAGAGAAAAAAGGAUCUUGUUUUUAUUUUUUCGUACAAAAAACUCCAUAAAAAUGACUUCCUACCUACAUUAUGAAGAAGAAACUGGCUGCCUCGUAUACUAUAACACUCCAAAAUGAAAAGAUUGUGCAUGUCUAAGGGGUUGGAUAUAUUUUGUAAAACUCUAAAUACAUUUGUAUUUCUGUGCUGUUCAGAAAUUUACCUUUUUACUUAUACUAAUUAAAGAUGCAGAAAACUAUAUAUUUAAAUCAUGUAUAUGGAACGCAAUUUAAGGGGUUUCCAAUCGUAUUUUUCAUCAGCUUCCCAUGCACAUAGUAUGCUGCUGAAGUUUCUUUUUUGUGCAAUAUAAACAUUUGAACAUUUCAAGUCAGGUACUGAGCCAGAAAAGGUCAUUGAAGUUUUCAGAGAACUGCCUAAAGCGUAUUUUAUUCUGUUGAGAUACUGUUAUUUUAUAGCUGGGAAACCAAGAUUGUGCAUUACAUGUUUCAGUCCACUUGAUCAUUCCUUUCUAAAUUUAGAAAGCAUGUGAUUAAUGACUUGGUGGAGGUACUUAAUGAUUGGAAAACAGUUUUUAAGGAAGUCAAGCUAUAGCUUCUCUUUCCUCCAGUGGCUUUGUAGUUUGUGCCGGUUCAUUUCUGUUGUCAUUUGUUUUUUAAAAACAUAUUCAAGUUAUAAAUCAUGUCUAGUCAUACUGAACUGUAGAGCUUCUAUUGUACAUUUAUUUUAAGGAAAACCUAAUAAUAAAAUUAUCCUGUUUCUCUUGCA